AUGACAGAUAGAAUCAGCGAGUUGCCGGAUCCAAUUCUGUGUCACAUCCUCUCCUUUCUCCCAACCAAAUUCGCUGCAACCACAAGCAUUCUCUCCAAGAGAUGGAAACCAGUGUGGCUCUCAGUUCAGACUCUCAACUUCGACAACAAAACCUUCAAGGGUCUGGAUUCCUUACUCCAUAUUAUGCACUCAACCAUAUUUUUGCGAGACAUCACACUACCUAUCCAUUCGUUUUGCUUUCAAUGGAAUAAAUAUCCUAGUGGUGUCCAACAGGAUGUCAAUCAAAUUGUUAACUUUGUACUGCAACGACGAAUACAAAACCUCUACCUUCGCCCCUCUAAAUAUCCUUUCGAUGCUAUUGAAUUACCUCUUACCAUUCUCAAAUGUACAACACUAAAAGUUCUUAAGUUGAAAAACAUAACCGUGGGAGAUAUUUCUCAAAACAUGGAUAUACAUUUACCUAUCCUUAAAACUUUUCAUUUGAACAAAGUUAGGUUUGUAUGUCAUGAUCACAAUAUUGAGAAGCUUUUAUUAGGAUGUCCUAUUCUUGAGGAUUUGGUAAUCAAAAAUACUUGUCCUUUGAAAGACCUGAAUCAUCUUCCUUCCCUAGCAACCUUAAAGGCCUUACCUAAUUUGAUCAAAGCAAGGAUACGUGAAUUUGAUAUUCCAAUGACUAUGAUUUCUAAGGCAAAGAUUUUGCAUCUAGAUCUGAUCGUGACAUGUCACCCUUGGCAUCACUUGUUCCAAACUACUCCCAUGUUUCAAAGUUUAACUCACUUGGAGAUUAACUUUAAAGUUAUAGAUUGGAAUGUGGUGUUGAGGUGGAUCUGGUUGCUAAGAAGGCUCAAAUAUUUUCCUAAACUUCAAAAUCUCAUCAUUCAGGACACUAAGGCUCCAGAAGAUAGGAAUAAGAAAUAUUGGGAAGUUCCGCCAAUUGUUCCGGAAUGUCUUUCAUCACAACUCAAAACAUGUUGCAUUACAGGUUACAGAGGCACGAAAAACGAUCUCAAAUUUGCAAAAUAUAUUUUAGAGAAUUCAAAAGUGUUGGACACUAUGAUAAUUAAUAGUAUAAGUUCCAUAGAUAAGUACCUAAUGCUAGUGAAAUUAUCUUCAUGCACAAAGGGCUCUACAACAUGUAACCUUAUAUUUGAUUGA